AGCUCAGGUUCCGCGGCAUUCGAAGCAAGGCGCAGUCGCGAAAUUGUCGCACUUCCUCAGAGGUCACCCUCCUGCAUCCGUUGACCUAAUUUUGUUUCGAACAGCUGAUUGUGGAAAGCUAUGGCGGAAAUCAAAGUGCCUGUAAUAUUUGUCAUAGGUGGCCCAGGCUCCGGGAAAGGCACCCAGUGCGAAAAAAUUGUUCAAAAAUAUGGGUUCACCCACUUGUCAACCGGUGAUUUACUUCGAGAAGAAUGUAACUCUGGCUCAGAACGCGGUACAAGAUUAGUUGACAUUAUGAAGAAGGGACAACUAGUGCCUAAUGAUGAAGUUUUAGCUCUUUUGAAAGAAGUUAUUCAGAAAAAUUUAUCCAAUUCCAAUGGUUUCCUCAUCGAUGGUUAUCCUAGAGAGGCAGGCCAGGCCGUGGAAUUCGAAAAUCAGGUGUGCAAGUGUUCAUUUCUCUUAUUCUUCGACGUUCCUGACGAAGUUAUGAAAACUCGUCUCAUGGAGAGAGGGAAAACGAGUGGCAGAGCCGACGAUAACGAGGAAACAAUUCUCAAACGCCUGGACACUUUCCAUAAGCAUACGCAACCCAUACUGGACCAUUAUGGAGAUAAAGUGAAAAAGGUUGAAGCCAGUGGAACUGUGGACGAGAUCUUCUCAAAAGUAACUCAAAUCAUCGACAACUGCAAGUGUUAACGAUGUAUGUGCUGUCAAAAUUUUGCUUUUGUUAACCAAACAUACGUUCAACAUUCUGUUAUUGUUCCCAUUGUACAUUGUUAUCACUUGAAAUAAAUCCUUUUACGAUGUUA